AAUCAAAGCGGCACCCCAGUUGGGCAGCUUUAGCCAGGCCGUUCCGUGAGUCCCUUUAAACACCUGUUACGGCCUUCAAAUCCACCUUCAUUCCUGCUCCUCCAAUGGCUGAUUAACCUUGCCGGGCAUCCUCCUAACCUUAUGAGGCUCCAGCAACCCGACCCAAACACCAGGAGGGAGGUGACUAUCAAGUGGUUAAGGUGACAUUGUCAUGAUCACCAGACCUGCCUGCAAGCCUUCCUAAUGGGAUCUGCUUUGGAAGAAUAUCCACAGAAGGUGGUCUAAAUAAUGUCUCGAUUUUUAUUUUGCUCCUACCAAAGAGUGACGAGGAAGCAGCUGGUGGUGACCAUCUUGACAUCAGUUGUAUUGUUCAAUGAGUGGCUCACGUAUGCUGCCAGUUCCCUCAGCUGGCCCAGCCUGCACACUCCUAGUGAUGAACAUGUUCGAGUACUCUUUGCUGCUGAUCCCCAGAUCUUGAGUUUGCUUUCAGACUCUGAACCUAUAUUUCCACUCAGUUUAAUAACUAUAUGGGAUGCAGACAGGUUUGUUAGCCGUGGUUUUCAAAUGGCAUUGUGGAAGACAAAGCCAGAUAUUGUUGUGUUUUUAGGUGACCUCUUAAAUGAUGGAAGCAUAGUUAAUGACAAUGACUUUAACGCAACACUUGGACACUUUAAAAAUCUUUUGAGUGUUCCUAACUAUGUAAAGCACACUAUCUUCCUGCCAGGAGACAACGACAUCGGUGGGGAAGGAAAUGACUUGGUGACGCCCCACAAAAUCAACAGAUUCUAUGCUUUUCUUAACCAAAGUAUGACACUACAAUACAAAUUCAUAGAUUUCAUCCAGAUGCGAGUCAUGGAUGAUUUCACUUUCCCUGACAACAAGCUGCCACCAGAGGAGGGGAGAGUCCGCAUUCUUUUGUCACACAUGCCUCUUCUGACCAGGACAAGAGAGAGGGUAAAACAGAAAAUCAUCAAGCAACAGCCAUCCUUCAUAUUUUCUGGACACGAACAUGAGUCUUUUCACUUCACUGGUAUGAAAGAAGAAGGUCAUGCCCAAGAUUUUCAAGUUCUCAAAGAUAAUCAGCGUGUCUGGCACUUUGAGUCAGCUGGCACCCUCCUGCAUGAAAUUGUCGUCCCCACCUGCUCCUACAGGAUGGGGCAGGUGGAUGCUGGUUAUGGAGCUGCAGUUAUUGAAAAAUCUGGGGGAAUAACCUACACAGUGUUGUGGCUCCCCUCACGCUUCGAGCAGCUGUGGUUGUACGUGGGCUUCCUUGUUCUGCUUAUAGUUAUCAUGAUAUUACCAGAGACAAUCACCUCUAAGAUGCGCUGGGCACACACAGAGGGGUCUCUCUCCUGGAAGCAGUAAUCAUUCCACGGGAAAUUGGAAAAGUACAUCCUCAGGUCAUCCCACCGAGCUGAAGCAAAAUGCCAGAACCAUCGCCUCUUCGGUGGGUCCAGAGGAUGUACAGGAGCGAUAGGACAGGAAACAGAAAUAAGGUUAUGAUCGGAGGAGUCCAACAGAGAGAACAGUUUGACAGAGUAAGCAGAAGGAUUAGAGGUAAGGAAGAGGUCUAGAAUGUUGGGCCUGUCUCCAAGACGGUCCUCCACUGCUCUCUUUGCAUGUCCAAACCAUCGGAGUCUUUCCCUUCUGAGCACUGUUUCCAGGUCCUCUACUCCACAUCUGUUAGCUACAUCUGCACUGGACACCCUGUCUUGCCACCUGAUCCUCGCCAUACACUUCAGCAUUCUGCAAUCCCUUGCUCUCAAUACCUCCAUCAAUUUUCUAGUUAGAGUCCAUGUUUCUGCUCCAUACAACAUCACUGAUCUAAUACACACUUAGUACACCCCUGCUCUGCUCUUUAGAGGGAUGCUACAAUUCACAAGCAGACUAGCCACCUCCCUCCACUUUAACCACACUGCUGCCUCUCUCGCUCUCACUGUCCUCUCCACUCCCGCCUCACAGUCCAGAACAUCUCCCAAAUAACAGAAAUGUUCUACCUCAUCCAGCUUUCCUUCAUUCACCUCUAGUUCAUCCCUCUCAGGGAGCACUGAGCACUGAAAUGCUAUGAGAAAAUCCAUAAAUAUAAUGUAAAAGUACAGUUUUGCACAGUUAAAUAACUUGCAAUUACAACCAAUGAAUAUACAUGGGGAGUAAUGUAAUAUCCACCACAUGAUGACCUUGGCCCGUUGAAAAAGUUGAAUACACGUCAUUAUCAUGCUUAACCAUAUAGAAAAUAAGUCGCUUGGUAUAGCUAGGCGCGAAUGCUUCACAUCCUGACACAACACUUAAGUCAUGUAAGAAUUUUGCUGGUUAUAAUAUUCAAGCUUUCAAUAGUUAUCAAAAAUCACUUAAAGGUUCCCUCCCAACCUUUUCAAAGCAACCACAAUUUCAGGCAGACCCUACACAGCUUGCAGACACUUGUUGCUUUGUAUAGGGACUCUCAUACACAUGGCCCGGUUUUCUUUUCCUCUUUGCCUGCAGUUGCCUCCAGCCAUCCACAAGCAUUUCCUGCUUCCUUGUGUACUCUGACGUACCAGGCUGAGGAUCACUUAAAAUGUCAGUUGCGGCGAGAUAAACUGUAAGCAAGCCACUGAUUGGCCCAGUCACAAGUCUAGGCACUGAUUGGCUCAAAAUGUAACUCGUCGUGCCAUUGGUAGGUGGGCCAGGCAUCAGGUUUGCCUUUCCCAAUCUCAUAACUAGACCCAAGCACUUCACCCUGACAGCUAGUUUUAAACUAUUAUAAUUAACUUUAAUUUUCAGUCAUUAAAGGCAAAAUAGCCACAUAAUUUAUUGUCAUGAAGUACAACAGACUUCAUAUAAAAACUAGCACAAAAAUUGCAUUUUCAUUUUGGUUGCAAGUUUGCCUCUCCUAUUUUCCAUGCCUCAAAUGUUGCACAAAGGGCUGGAUCUCAUGUGAAAUAAUAAUUACAUAUAAUGUGUUUUGUCAGAUGUAACUUAUGCAUUUGAAUACACAGUGCAAUUUUUGUUCUGAUAAUUCUGAUGAAAAAAUACAUGUGAUUCUCCCAGUUUUCAUCCAAUAUCAAUCAUUAUUUUACUGCUACAGUAAUCUCUUAACUGAUUACUCAUAACUGUCCUUUUUUUCAUUCAUAAACAUUUCAUCAAUAUAAUUCAAUGUCUUUUGUUGUGUGUGUAUAUAUAUAUAUAUAUAUAUAUA